AUGUCUGUCGCAUCUCUCGAUUUUUCCAUUCUUCAGGACAAAAUUCGAGGCUUACAAGGAGACGUUCAAUAUGAUACACUCGAACUCUUUGAGAAAGUACUCAAGUCUUCACCGAGCUCUGAUAUCGCUCAGCAGACUCGGAACUUCGUAACUCCGAUUUUGGCCUCAUUCUCGAAUGCAAAAGAAUUAUACGGAGAGACCGAAUUGUCUUUUGCACUGGAGACAUAUGACGCAUUUCUGUUGAUUUCUACUUGUAUUCCGAGUGGCCAUUAUGCCCAGGACGUCUUGGCCGGUGCCCUUCCCUUGCUAGAACAGCAGGGGAAAAUGUGGAACAUGUGGGAAUUUAAAAGGCUUGUAAGGGGGAUCUGGAACAAUGACGCAACUUCCGAAGUAGAUGUUCCAGAUAAUAAUGAAGAGCGACUCUCGCUUGGUGAAUGGUUGAAUCUCAACUCGUUCAUUGCCAAAUGCUUCGAGAACAACAUUCCGCAGUCUUCCUCCGUGAAUGCAUUUAUUAAUUUCGCACUAUGGGAAAUGAGAAGUGCACUCGAAGAGCCAUGGUAUGAGGAGAAGGAUGGGACUACUGUCAUUCCAAGGGAGGCCUUCGACAUGAAGGUCAGGGUUGCUUGCGAGUGGAUUAAUCUAGCGGGAAGAGCGUUACUCGUACAGUGUUUGAGAAAUUGUUGCGAGGACCAUCCCAACGGAGGCAAUCAGGGGCGUCCAUAUGGUCCUGGUUCUUUAUUUCAAGGCAGAGUUGGGUCUGGGCUUGAGAGAUGGGGCUUUUGGAAACGCAGGUUAAUUGAAGUUAAAGCGAUUGUAGGGGAGGAAGUGCAUGGGCCAAUAGAUGAAGCUUUAGCAAAGAUGAAAGCGGUGGAAGCGGAAGUCUCGGAGGCCUUCGUAGCGAGAAUUACGUCUUGA